UCGCCGUCCAUCUGCUUCCCAAGCUUUUUCGUUGAUCAUGUCUCUCACAUAUGGUACUGGUGGUGCGGCUGCUGCGCUGGGAGUUGUCGGCUUGUACAUGCUGUUCAAUGGCGAGGGCGAAGCUUUCAACGUCGGCCAAUUUCUGGAGUCCGUUUCACCUUAUACCUGGGCGAGUUUGGGCAUAGGCCUUUGCAUCGGCCUUUCAGUUGUUGGUUCAGCAUGGGGAAUCUUCACGACUGGAGUCUCUAUCGUCGGUGGUGGUGUCAAGGCCCCUAGGAUUCGGACGAAGAACCUUAUUUCCAUUAUCUUUUGCGAGGUCGUCGCCAUCUACGGUGUCAUCAUGGCCAUCAUCUUCUCUUCGAAGCUCAACAACAUCGCCGAUCCCGAGCAGUUGUACUCGCCCCGAAACUACUACACUGGUUACGCUCUGUUCUGGGCCGGAAUAACGGUGGGCAUGUGCAACUUGAUUUGCGGUGUAUCUGUAGGAAUCAACGGAAGCAGCGCGGCUUUGGCUGACGCCGCAGACCCUGCUCUAUUCGUGAAAAUCUUGGUUAUCGAAAUCUUUAGCUCUAUUCUUGGCUUGUUCGGAUUGAUCAUUGGUCUGCUGGUUCAAAGCAAUGCACCAGAUUUCGAAUAGGUGGCCAAAUGCGACUGAAAUAUCUAGCAAUACAAUGUCGCCCCAGACGCCCAGGUAUGAUGGGCUGGUCAAUAAGGUGUACGAAGGGAGAAAACGCGCUCAGACGCAGAUUUGAUCGCGGUCGCAAAGAGUUCGUGUGGAGAUUGUACGAUGUACAUAGGGAUUUUUGUAAUAUCCAUGUAUCAUGAGCGGGAUAGUAGGGUUCAUCAUUCAGCAGCGGCGCAUAGGGAAAAUAGAACAUUUAAACAUUGCCUUUUAUGAUGACAGAC